GAGCACAUGGCAAACUGCACACUGCAUCUAUCUUGAUGACUUGAUCCAGCUGAGUUGACACAACAGAUACAGCCACAGACAUGACAGUGGCGAUGAGUAAUACUACGUGGGGAUUCCAUGUGUUUUUGGCAGUAGUUCUGACGGCAAUGGUGGUCGUUCCUAGAUGUAAAGCCACGUGUUCUUUUCCGGCCAUCUUUAAUUUCGGCGAUUCCAACACCGACACCGGAGGUUUCUUCGCGGCUUUCCCGCCUCUGGUGCCUCCCUAUGGCAUCACCUACUUCAACAAACCUGUGGGACGGACAACCGACGGCAGAGUCAUUGUUGAUUUUCUUGCACAAGGUUUAGGAUUGCCAUUCCUGAGCCCAUACUUGAAGUCAAUUGGAUCAGAUUACAGACAUGGCGCCAACUUUGCAACAGUGUCUUCAACUGUCAUGCUGCCCCAUAGUUUCCCGUUUGAUAGCGGGGUCAGCCCCUUUUCCCUGGCAAUUCAGUUCAACCAAUUCAAGCAGUUUAAGGUUAUGGUUGAUGAAGAAGAAGAACAUCAUUCCUACGACUAUGGGAAUACAAAACUGCCACCCAAAAACAUAUUUGGAAAAGCACUGUAUACAUUCUACAUUGGCCAAAAUGACUUCACUCUCAACUUGACAUCACUGGGAAUAAGUGGAGUCAAGCAGUUUUUACCCGAAGUGGUUGGUCAGAUCGUUAAAACCAUCAAUGAUAUUUAUGCAUUGGGGGGCAGAACAUUUUUCAUCCUGAAUCUUGCACCAGUUGGAUGCUAUCCAGGGUUUCUGGUGAAGCUUCCUCACAACGCUUCUGACGUAGACCAGUUCGGCUGCCUCAAAUCCUACAAUAAUGCAGUGGUGGACUAUAACAACAUGUUGAAAGAUGCGCUGAGACAGACAAGGAAAAAUCUUAAGGAUGCAAAUGUGGUAUAUGUGGACACUCAUACUAUCCUCCUGGAGCUCUUCCAGCACCCCACAUCCCACGGGUUGAAGUUUGGAACAAAAGCUUGCUGCGGGUAUGGAGGAGGGGACUAUAACUUUAACAAGGAAGUGGUAUGUGGAAACACAAAAGUUGUGAAUGGACAGAAAGUGAGUGCAGAAGCUUGUGAGGAUCCAUACAACUAUGUGAGCUGGGAUGGAUUUCAUCUUACAGAUGCAGCAAACAAACUCACUGCACACGCCAUUUUCAAUGGCUCUUAUUUUGAUCCACCAUUUUCACUUCACCACUUCUGUGAUAUCGUCCAUCCUAUAGGCUAGCUAGCUAGCUCAAAACAAAAUAUAUAUAUAUAGUUCUUCCAUUUCUUGUGGAUUGUUGAUUGAUUAAUGGAAAAACA